CAACAGCGAAGUUAUUUGACCAAUAUGCUGCAAAGUACGCAGGGUCGGAAUUCACGUACUGCGUUCGUUACGCUACCGCUAUCUUCGAGAAAGAUUGGCUACGCCGUAUUCUCUAACGCAAAUACGUCAGCGUAUAAUCGCUCUUAUGGAACAGGACGGCUACGCAUGUCGCGGGUUCGUGCCGUAGAACUUGAAACGUCGCCUCGGUCUUAGUGGCCCAAAGAGCCGACCAACGUUGCGUUUAGCAACAGGCAGUUUUGAUUCCCCAUUCCGAUUAAACUGGAUGAAAGCUCUCUCUGAGUGCAGGAGAUGGGGAAGCUGGAGCUGAGCCAGGUUGCGCUUCGAAGGAUGAAGGAAGAAGAUAUAAACAUAGUUAAAGAGCUCAUCAAGGAAGGAUCGCAGGGCUCGGAGAAUCGGCUGAUCCUGUACCUCCUAACCCGUCCGCUGGCCCUCCUGCUCCUCGCUAUUGCGUCGUCCGUCUUGCGCUGCCUCCUGCAUAGUUUCAUUCUGGCUCUGGUGCUACCAGUCUUUGCGGUCAUCAUCUACCUGAAGCUCACUAUCCCACGCACACUCGGCAUCCUGGGCACCAGCAAGCCCUACUGGGACUACAUUGGAAGCAGCUACAGAGGGCCGGGGGACUGCACAAUGGAGAACCCCUAUGUCCAGCGGAAGGAGGGGAACGUGGGCACCAGCACCAAGGCUCAGGACAAAGGGAGAUGUCAGAAAGGGAAAUCCAGGGAGAUGGAUGCGAGGGAGCGGGAGGCGGGGGAGGUGUGGCUGGCAGUCUUGGAUGGCGAGAUCAUCGGCUGCAUUGCCCUUGAGGGGGGACUGAGCGAGGACAUCUGUAGGAUCUGCCGACUGGUGGUUCAAUGCUGGUACCGUAAAGAGGGACUGGGCCGGCUUCUGGUAGAGAGCGUGGAAAGGCAGGAGAAGGCUCUGGGCCGGAAUAGGGUGUGUGCGCAUGUGCCCAUCGCCUCAAAGGUCGCAAUGGCGUUUUUUCAGAAGCUUGGUUAUUGCAGGAAGGAGGAUCUGACCGAGGGAGAGCUGGAAGGAGAUAAAUUAGGGGAAAUAGUGGAGGAGAGGAGCUGGAUGGGCUUUCCGGUGAAUCGUGUGUUUGUAAAGGACUUGUUCGGAAAGGAGUGAGGUGGAAAUACAAAACAUAAAGAGGGAUAAAGGGAUAUGGAAGCUGGGAGGCUUUCAUCUUUAGCUGGCUAUCUUAAAGACUACUGAAAAGAUGAAAACAAGGUCUGAUUGAACUGCAAAGAGAUUAGGGAAGACAUAAAGGUCUUAAGUACUUUCAUCUUAAUUAUUUUAAUGGUUUUAUUUAUUGCUUUUGAGGCUGUGAUAUUAUGAUGUGAUAUUAGCUGUGAGCUUCACCUUCUGCAUUUCCGGGGAUGAAGGACUCAUUGUCCUGCCGUCAUAUGGUGUUCAUAACUGUAUUGCUGUAUUUUCAUUUUUUUUUUUCUGUUUAUUUUUUAAGUUGCUUGUGACAGUUUAAUUGAAACCCUUGUAAGCUAAUGGUUUAAGUAUAACUGCACUCCCAUGGCUGUAGAUUAACAGCCCCUGUUUUUCCAAUCUGCUCUGAAUGUGGCUUCAGUUGCAACCACUAUAAGAGGAGUUUAAAAAUAGGAGCAUUCAAAGCUUGCGUUCGUCACUGUCUGAGUGUUGAACGUGGAAACUGCCAACCAAGUUUCGGCUUAAAGACACGUGAGACACUGAGCAUGCAGGUUGAAGCUCGUGAAGUUUCAUAGACCCAUUUUGGAUCACAGUGACAGAAGUGAGAAAGUAGUUACCAUGAUGAAUCAAGCCUCCUGCUACGUGCCAGAAGCUCACAGAAAGAUUAUGAGAGUUCAAAACCUGUGCAUCAGGAAGGGGAACCAGCCUACCUGGCUUCUUUAUGUUGAUGUAUUUUCAUGUCCCUCUUGACAUCCAGUGGUAUUGAUUGGUGUGCACCCAACUACAGGCGGACAGCUGUCUGUAUCCUCUUAGCAUUUUCUUCCUGUUAUUGCCCAUAAUUAUUCUUCCUCAUUGAAGCUGCUUUUUAUGUUUUCUGUUUGGCCUGUGUUCUACCAGCCCUAACCCCCAAAGACGGGAACCCGGUCCCCAAUAAAUGUUAUUUCCUGCCCUGUGCCUGA